UUUGAUUGAACUCUGAAGCUCUUCAACCACAACCAAAAUCGCAUCCAUUACAUAGAAUUGUCGCAAUAAUUGACAACUGUUUACUCAAAUCCCAAAUACUUCGUGGUGAAUCUUUUACCUUGACUUUAUUCUGCCAAAGGGGGAGCAAGAUCUUAAUCGCGUGUAGCUUCAUUCAUUCUGAAGUACCUCGAAAGUCUAUCUCUGCCUCAAAACUUUUUACAAACCCCGAGUCGGCUUUGCAGUCAACUCGCAGAUCAACUUCACGUCCCCGCGCACGCGAUUUCCCAUCAAUACUCGAUACUCUUAAAUUCAUUUCUCGCAGCUAUACAUCGCUGUUUACCAUGGCGCCAAAACAUGGCUUGAAUGGCUCGAGUUCAUCUUCGAAUAAACGAAUGAAGACAGAGUCUUCCGAGCCCGGUUCUAUGUCCUCUCCUGCCGCUGUUCAAGAAGCGAUAUCCUUCGAGAUUAAGAUACCGCUUAUGGAUUUGGAUAAAAAAGGAAAGGAAUCAAAACAAAAUGCAGCACUAAGAGCACUGGCAGAGGAGCAUAUAUCACCAUUUCAAGGCUUCAAUGCGCCGGAGGACGAACUUAAUUACCAUUAUACUGUUGUGCCAAACACAGAGUGGGCGGCCAUGAGGAAAUAUAACAACUUUAUAAUCCAAGGCGAUACUUAUAAAAACAAUCAAUUCGUUUAUGUAAAGGGCAAGACAGAAACAGGCACACAACCAAGGGACUUUUGGAUAGCAAGGAUAUUACAGGUUAGAGCUAAAGAUCCGCAGCAUGUCUACGCCUUGGUUGCCUGGAUGUAUUGGCCGGAAGAAUUACCAGCAACAGCCAAAGCUGCUGGCGAGACAUCCGCAAGUUCAGGACGGAGGAAAUACCACGGAAAUUCAGAGCUUAUUGCGAGCAAUUAUCUGGAUGUCGUAGAUGUAUUGACCUUCGCAGGAAAGCUAGAUGUUGAACGUUUUUCUGAGGACCUUGAUGAUUAUGCAGUAUCUGAUCCGGAUCCCAGCAAGUGUUACUGGCGUCAGACAUUCUGUCAAGCCACCCAGAGACUUUCGGACUUGCCCGUCUAUUGUAUUUGCAAUGGUCACUACAAUCCCGAUAAACGCGAAUAUGAGCAUAUUUGUGAUAAUAGAGAUUGCCAAACUCUAUAUCAUUCGGAGUGUUUGGUAGAAGACGUCCUCGUCAAGCGAUAUCACGAGGAGUACCCUCAAAAUAAGACGGCAACCAAUGGAAUAAAACCCAAAGACAAGAAGAACAAGAAUGGGAAAUCGAAACAGAAGAUAUACUCCAAAGAGUUCAAAGGGGAAUUCGCACAUGAUCAGGAUGAGCAGACUCCACCAAUGAUCAAAAUUACGGACAAGAGAUCAACUCCGCAUACGGUGACAUUGCAACGGGUUGCAUGUCCAAAGUGUUCAACUCUUUUCGAAUAAUCUCUUGUUUUUCGAGCUUAUGGUUCUAUAAUACUAGGUAUCACAGCUUAUUUCCAGUGCGAACUUUUAUGAUUCACGGCCACUCUUACAACACAAUCUAGAAUGAUCUCUCGACAUCAUACUUUUCGUGGAAGCAGAUUCAACUUGCAUCUGCAUCACCCCUCCACAAUCUUACACAUAUACGUACGACUUUCACUGUAUUUGUACAUACUUUACACCAAUUGCAUUCACAAAAUUUAAUUUCUGGUCAUAGUUGUCUGGAUAUAUCGUUUUGUAUUACUGGAAAAAGCGAGCUGGAUGCCAGGUGAAUCAAAUAGCGGCGUCUCGGGAGAUAGUGAAUCGGGAACAUACUUUUGCCUUCUAAUACCCAUGUUUAUUUUGACUUUGACCCUUAGGUAACUAACCGUUCGAUUUCUCUUUUGUUUUAUGUGGUUUUUUUUACUCGUUGGUAUUUUGCGAGCGGUUUUUUUUUUCAUUUGGGUUGUGGCGGUUGAGAGUGCGCAAAUGGCUUUUCUUAAAUUAUUGAAUGAAUGGGGUUGAAAUUAUUGGAGAUCGAGGAACGAGGGAUUUAGGAGAAUGGGAAGAGAGCAAAGGAUAACAAGUGGUGCUAGUAAGAUCAUGCACUUGGCGGGAGAGGCGUCCUAAUAGAGCAUGGCAAGGGGAAUAUUGAUGGAAAAUCAGUAAACACUGUGAUCUUGCGGAGGGUAGAUAGUGUUAUAGUGGCAUAUUUACUGGAGAAUAUGAAAGGAAGGAAAUGAUGAUUAGUAUGAGAAAUAAGAAGAGACUAUUCACAAUAUCAUAUCAUUAUGGA